GCCCGGGAUGGGCACUUCUCUGUCUAACAUGGAUCAGCUUAAUGUUUAGCUCAAAAUACACACACACACACACACACACACACACACACACACACACACACACACACACACACACACACACACACACACACACACUAGGGAUUAAAAAGUCACAGGAGAAACACAUGCUGUCUGAGGAUGGAGGCGAGAAUACUACAUGAGAGGAAGGCACAAGGUGGCGGCCACUCAGCAGGACAUGUUGGAAGUGAUGACCCAUCAGAGUUUAGCGGGAGUGUCUCCACACGUUCCCUGCCCGUUUUGGCUCGCCUCUAUGUCUAUGCAUUGCACGGCUGCCUCUGUGAGGUGACUUUCACCGCUGUGUUGGACUGGUGCAGCAUCCAGGACAGGAGGAUGAUGGGAUACAGCAGCCUAUGGGCGCUGCCAAUGUACGCCACUGCGAUCUACCUCAUGGAGAGUCUGAGAGGAUGGCUGCUGACUCAUCGCCAACCACUUUCUGUGCGUCUGAUAACCUAUACACUCUUCAUCUACCUGUGGGAGUUCAGCUGGGGCAGUGGGCUCAGGCUGCUGGGGGCUUGUCCUUGGGACUACUCAGGUUAUAAAUAUAAUCUGGGUGGAGUGGUGACUCUGGAGUAUUCGCUACCUUGGGCGGUUGCGGCUUUCAUCGCAGAGCAGCAUGUGAUCAAAAACACUCUGAGGGUAAGAAUGUGCAAGUGAACCUCUAUUGUUAUCAUCUGGAAAAAUUUGUUUCCAACAGCUGCUCUCACGAAUUAUUUCACUCAUUUUGGAACAAACCACACCAAAGCAAGUUUAUGGGUUUUUUUUCCCAUUGUUUUUGUAAGCCUUUAUGUUGGACUAAUUUUCUAUGUGUGAUUGGCUUCUCAUUAUAAUAAUCUAGUCAAAUUUAUGUUAAUAUUAUUCUAUAUCAGAACAAAGGUGGUGCGGUGGUCGACUGGUUAGCGUGUCGGCAUCACAGCGCGGAGGUUCAGGGUUCGAUUCCAGCUCCGGCCUUCAUGUGUCGAGUUUGCAUGUUCACCCCUUACCUGCGUGGGUUUUCUCCGGGUACUCCAGUUUCCUCCCACAUUCCAAAAACAUGCGUGGUAGGUUAAUGGAACACUUUAAAUUGUCCCUAGGUGUGAAUAUGAGCGCGGAUGGUUGUUCGUCUAUGUGUGCCCUGCGAUUGGCUGGCAACCGGUUCAGGGUGCCCCGCCUACUGCCCCGGACACGGCUGGGACAGGCUCCAGCACGGCCCUUGUGAGGAUAAGCGGAUCUGAAAAUGGAUGAAUGGAUAUCAUAACAAAAUCUUCUGUUGAGAUUUGGACGGACAUCUAAUCUUAGGUCAUUUACAGCAUUCUCAGCCAAUAAACCAACAAGAGAAAUAAAUGUGAUAGUUGAAUUUGUUAAAUAACUAUUACAUGAAUUGUACAUUUUGACACUGAUUGUUUGAACACUGAGAUGCUAACCGGUAUAUAUGAAUAAAAUAUAGAUCUAAUUCCAUUUAAAUUUUGCUUUAUCAUAGAACAGUAGCUACUUUUGUGUGAAAAAAUACUUCUGUUGAGCUGUUUGUCUCGAAGACAUUAAAAGUGUAACGAAACAAAGGUGUGAUUUGUUUGAGUCUUAUCCGCAGCAGCCUAUUAGGGCCUUACUGAAAAAUAUUUUAUUUAUUUGUGUAUUUUGAUACAUUGUUUUUGUUUGUCUUCGCGGUCCUUAUUUUCCUCCCUUGCCUUUUGUGCAAGCGCUUUUUGUUGUUCGUUUUUUGUGCCCUCUGGUCCUUGUUUUGACCAGCACUUUAUGUUAUCUCUUAGUCGUGGUGAUUUUUGUAUUAAAAAACAUAUUUUUGCAACAGAGACCUUGUUGACGUCUACACUUUGGGGUCCAACCUUAAUUCGGCUUGUCCGAAACGUAACAGUAUUGCGGACAUUAUGCCCAUUCUGGAAUUUAUGGAUGAAGCCUUUUUCUCUUCGAGUGACAUAAGCUUACUCUCGUGAGUGCCUAUUGUCCAUAAAAUCAUAAAUAUUGGGGCUUUUAAUAUUUUCAGAGGUUGAAGUGAGCAUAAUUGGAGACGUCAACAUACAUUUUGGUGAUCCUUGAUGGCAGUUUUCGAAUAUUAGGCAGCAUUAAGCUACAUGACGCAUAAUUACUUUUUCACCACUCAAAAAGUGUUGAAAUCUAACUGGGACAUUUAUAUUGACCUACACUAUAUACAUUUUUAGGUUAUUUGGGGACAUGCAGACAAAGUUUCAUCAAAUUUGUUUACUGCGGAAGAAAAUUACACACUAGGGUAAAAUUUGUGUCGCCUAACCUUGAAUAGUGCACCGCAUGGGAUCCAUCGGGAUACGCCAACCAUCGCUGACUCCUGACACAGAUUAGUCAGUGGCCGAGUUUCACAUACUUUUUCCACCCUGCACUGUGGAUUUGACGUGGUGUGUACAAAAAGCACGUAGAAUCAUAAGAUUGUUUGUGUUGUGUUAGUUUAAUGCGACAACAUUUGUUCA